CCGUGAACCGUGGAGUGCGGGUCUGACACGGAUUACCUGGAUACCGGCUCUAAAUCUGGGUGGGCAUCAAGCUGAAAGGCAGCUCUUCUUUUUUCCACAGUUUCUAUUUUUAAUGGAUUCAUUUCCUACAACUUCCACCAUGGCGAGCAGGCUUCUUCACACUCUGCAUUUGUUACUCAUUUUGGAGUCGAGCUGGGGUAAAAUCGCGUCUGAGGAUUUUGUGGACGCCGUGCGUAAAGGUGCUGAUGUCCCACUGGCUGAAGAGCAGCGCGUCUUUGCGCACGAAGGCACCAAACGGGACAUGGUCUCCAUCAACAUGUUCAAAGUGUACGAGAAGUACAGCAAAGAGCCGCCGAGCCAGAGGGAGGCAAACACCGUGAGGAGCUUUAAAGCUGUCCCGAGAGUCGUGCAUGGCAAAGACGUGUUCCAGUUCAACCUGUCCUCCAUCCAAGAAUCAGAGCUUGUUCUCCGCGCCUCUUUCCACUUCCUUCACAAGCGUCCACGCCACCACCAGAGACAGUGGCAUCUCCGAAAGCCUCGCCAUCCGUCCUCCGGCCCCCAACACUCCCCCUCCCCGAAUAUCCUCUUCCGCGGAUCAUCCCCGAACUCAGCUUCUUCCACACCGCUGGGAAACAUAACUCUGGCUGCUUUCAAGAAGGGCUCUUGGCAAUCGGGGGAUGUAACAACGGUGGUGAAACACGCAAAGGAUGUGAAAGAGCUUGUGGUUAUGGUGGACUUUGACGUGGAGCUUGGGGCACCUCCGAGGCAACAGAAAAGCCCUCAAAGCCAGGAGCGCCUCUCUUCGGCCAACAUGCCGUAUAUUUUGAUAUACGCUGAUGACAGAGCGAUAGAUGAGCCUAACAGCGUGGCAUUGUCACUCCAACGAUACGGACCUUUCCCCGUAGCGGAGGAGGCAUCUUCCUCAGCUUCUCCAGCCUCGAGGAUUCGGCGAGACCUUCAUCAACAGCUCCAAACCAACAACAUCCCCAAGAUGCAGUACAACACCUUGAAGAACCACGAACUCUGGCAGAACACUUAUUUCCCGGCGAAAGCCAAAGCGGCAGUGACGCCAGGGAGGAAGCAGGGUCAGGAGAGCAGCGAGGGCCUGGGAAAGCCUCAGGUGCUGAGCUUCGAUGAGAGGACGAUGAAAAAGGCCCGGAGGAGGCAGUGGAGCGAGCCCAGGGUUUGCUCCAGACGAUACCUCAGGGUGGAUUUCGCCGACAUCGGCUGGAGCGAGUGGGUUCUGGCGCCGAAGUCGUUUGACGCGUACUACUGCGCCGGGGCCUGUGGAUUCCCCAUCUCUAAAGUGGUGCGUCCUUCCAACCACGCCACCAUCCAGAGCAUCGUGCGAGCGGUGGGGAUCGUCCCCGGUGUUCCCGAGCCGUGCUGCGUUCCCGACAAGAUGAGUCCCCUCAGCGUCCUCUUCCUGGACACCAGCAGGAAUAUGGUGCUGAAGGUUUACCCCGGCAUGUCUGUGGAUACCUGCGCCUGCCGGUGAAAACCAAUGGAAACUCUGCAUUAAAGAGGACAGCAGUGAGUGAGGAUAAACUGAUACGACUUGGAGGACUCAGGAUUUCUGGAGUCUCUGUUCGAGAACUCUUCUGUGAAUCUUUUCCUACUCUGUCAAGAUUCGACUUUGAACCAAGUUUUUCCUGCUUAUCUAAUUAUUUCUAAAGACUUGUUCCCCUCAACGAAAGCCACCUUUAUUUCUUCUUCUCCCUUCAUCCAAAAGCAGUUGAAUAAGUGCACUUAGUAAAUACUUUAAUACUUCUUCUCCACGUCCCAAACACAUGAGUUGUCACUUAAAGGUGGGGUAGGUAAGAAUGGAGAAACCAGCUCGAGUGCGCUAGAAUUUGAAAAUACACAACCGGAA